AUGACGGGCCUCUCAGGAAACGGCUCGCCCGAGCCCAAUGAAAGAGAUGCUUUGAUUAGCGAUAUCAAUCGAGCUAACUCAGGACUUCGUCCCCGACACAAACAUAACCGCCAUUGGAGUUACUGGCCUGCGCAGGCAGUUCGCUUGACUUGGUCGACCCUCGUCCGAGACUAUGUCAAUCUGCUCCUCGUUUUCGUUCCGCUGGGUAUCAUUGCUGGCGCUCUUCAUUGGGACAGUACCGUAAUCUUCACCCUCAACUUUCUGGCAAUUAUCCCGCUAGCAUCCCUGCUGAGCUUUGCGACCGAAGAAUUGGCCGCUACUAUGGGUCAGGCCUUGGGCGGCUUGAUGAAUGCCACCUUCGGCAACGCGGUGGAGCUAAUUGUCAGUAUCAUUGCCCUCAAGGAUGAACAGAUCCGUGUCGUCCAGGCCAGUAUGCUUGGCAGUAUCUUAUCCAACAUUCUCCUGGUACUCGGCUGCUGCUUUUUUGUUGGCGGUCUUCGGUACUCCGAGCAAACAUUCAACAGCACGGUUGCGUCGACCAUGUCCUCUCUAAUGACCGUUGCAUCUGCUUCCCUUAUUAUCCCCGCAACACUUUACGCCUCCCUUUCGUCCUCUUCCGACUCCAAGGAUACCCAAAAGAACAUCCUCAUCCUCUCCCACGGGACAGCCAUCAUCCUUCUGAUCCUCUACGUCAUGUACCUUUACUUUCAACUCAAGACCCACGCGCAACUCUUCGAGGAGGCUAGUGUUAAUGACGAAGAGAAUCCAGGCCAGAACGCAGACGAGGCUGAAGAAGAGCACCUUCUCAGUCCGUGGGCUGCUACAGUCGCCUUGGUCAUUGUGACAAUCUUAGUGGCCAUCUGCGCGGACUACCUUGUCGGUAGCAUCGAUAGCAUCGUGGAGAAGACGGGCAUGAGCCGAACCUUCAUUGGUCUGAUCCUUAUUCCCAUCGUCGGAAACGCAGCGGAGCAUGUCACGGCGGUGGUCGUGGCCUGGAAGGGCAAGAUGGAUCUUGCCAUUGGGGUUGCCGUUGGAAGCAGUCUGCAGAUUGCUCUUUUCGUGACUCCGUUCCUUGUUAUUCUGGGCUGGAUCAUGGACAUCGACAUGACCCUUCACUUUCAUAUUUUCGAGACCGUUGCCUUCUUCAUCUCCGGCCUGGUCGUGACCUUCCUGAUCCAGGACGGAAAAUCCAACUACCUGGAGGGUGGACUAUGUUUGGGAAUGUACGUCAUUCUGGCGCUUGCCUUUUACGUCUACCCGGACAAUGUGAACGAAGACGCUCUCUUCAACCCUUGA